GUUUCGUGCAAGAUAGAAAUAGUGACGGGUGGCUAUCUCCGAAUGUCACCUAAAAGGCGGCGGAUGACGCAAUUUCGGCGAAGUAUUGCUCAAUUCUCCAACUCGAUCGUAGCACCAACUGUCAAGAUAUCGAAAGACAUAAAACCCAAGAGGGGAAACGCAGAAACAAUUCAAAACAAUAAAUAUUGCUGGAUAGGAGAUUUCAAUCAGAGAUUCUAGCUCUGAAAACACAAUGUCGACAACCGUCACUUUCGUCACACCAACGGCUCCGGCUCCUGCGGGGCAACCCGACAUAUCCUAUGCGCCGGACCGCGACAAGUGGCAAGCCCGAGCGGCUCGGCGUCUCAAGGAGGGGAACCUACCCACCACUCUCCCGAAAGGAUUCCCGGCGCAGUUGACCGGCGACCUGGUCUGGGAAGGCGACAGCGUAGCAGACACGUAUGACUGGACAUACGUCCUCAGCGACGACCAGUUAAAUGAGAUAGACCGAGCCGUAGAGCAUUUCAAAUGCUUGGGCUUAUCACUAGGCCACAUCACGGCAGACACAUUUCCGCUGCCGAAUCUGCACGGCGAAUUGCGACGUCUAUCGGCGGAACUGCACAAUGGGCACGGCUUCUUCGUGAUUCGCGGCCUUCGCGUCGACGAGCACUCUCGCGAGGAGAACGUUAUCAUAUACGCGGGCAUUUCCGCGCACAUUGCCGCGCAGCGCGGUCGGCAGGACCACAAGUACAACGGCCAACCUGCCGACGUAGUCCUCAGCCAUAUUAAAGACCUAUCCUGGUCGCAAAAUAACGGCGCUAUCGGCAGCCCUGCGUACACUACCGACAAGCAGGUCUUCCACACCGAUUCGGGUGAUAUCGUGUCUCUGUUUGCGCUCGAGACGUCGGCGGCCGGUGGAGCCAGUAAAUUAGCCAGCACUUGGCGUGUGUACAAUGAGAUUGCCGCCACCCGUCCGGAUCUCAUUCAUACUCUUUCCCAGAGCUGGGACAUGGAAGUGUUUGAAAAAGCCGACAAGCAAUGGAAGGAAAGGCCACUGUUAUUCCACUUCCCGGCAACGGAUUCUACCCCGGAGAGGGUAGCCCUACAAUACGGCCGUCGGUACUUUGUUGGUUUCGGUGCUCUCCCGAGGAGUCCCGAUAUCCCCCCUAUCACCGAAGCCCAAGCUGAGGCCCUUGAUACGAUCCAUUUCUUAGGGGAGAAGUACUGCGUGAAUACCGACUUCCAAAAAGGGGACAUUCAGUACAUAAAUAAUCUUGCCAUUUUCCACGCAAGAGACGGGUUUACGGAUACGCCAGAAAAACGUCGUCAUCUGCUACGCCUAUGGCUGCGUGAUCCAGAGAAUGCGUGGCCGACUCCAGAGGUCUUAAAUUAUCGAUGGGCGCAACUGUACGAGGGUGUCACGCCGGAAGGCCAAGUCUUUCCUCUUGAACCGUUUAUUCGUAGUGCUGGAAAUAAGGGGAGAUGAGAUUGCUCCUUAUGAUUGAUCUAUGUCUAUGUUAAUAUCGCUAUGAUUAUAAUAGUCGCCAUCGCUAGGUAUGCUGAAAGGAAUGCCUUGCGCCGAGCGGGGAUUCUCUAGUCUCAUUUCCAACGCCCUCAAAUCUAGAGACAGUCGCGAAUCUCUAAUCA